GUCAUACUGCUGGUGAUCAUAAGCCAUGUGGAGCUAAGGCUGAUGGUCCACACGGAAGUGGGCAGCAUACAGGGUGUGCCGGCCGACGACGGGGACUAUGUCAUGUUCCUGGGCAUACCGUACGCCAGAGUCAACGCCAGCAAUCCCUUUGGGGCAUCAAUCCCGUGCGAAAAAUUCGAUAAAGUUUACGAGGCGUUCUCGGAACCAGAAAUAUGUCCACAGAUGAGGGAAGUGUACGUCCCAGUAGAUGACCCGUAUGGUGGCAAAUUGGAUUGUUUAAAUCUCAAUGUAUAUGUACCUAAUACGGAUACGAGAGACAGAGCUGUUUAUAUCUAUAUUUUUGGGGGCAAGUUCGUUCAUGGCCAUGGUGGGAGGAGCUACUAUGGACCAAAAUACCUUGUCCGUCACGAUAUUAUAGUGGUUACUUUCAAUUAUAGACUGGGCCCCUAUGGUUUCAUGUGUACGGACAUACCCGAAAUACCCGGCAAUCAAGGACUAUGGGACCAGUACAAGGCUAUUAAAUGGGUGAAAGAAAAUAUUAGAGCAUUUGGGGGCAAUCCUCAAAAAAUUACCAUAGGCGGUCACAGCUCAGGUGCUAUGGUAGUCAACAUGCAUCUGUUAACUAAGCAGCCCAGAAUGUUUCAGCAAGCUAUACUGCAAAGUGGAACUGCCACGAGUCCAGGUUUUCUCGCUCCUUCUAAUAAAAAUGUACUCAUAAAUAUUUCUAAAAAACUCGGUUUUAGAACUAACGACACAUAUGCUGCUCUGUCAUUUUUGACUAAAGUUAGUCCCGAAACUCUUAUCAAAUCAACAACAAAUGAAUAUGAAUGGUUCCCAUGUGUCGAAAAAGAAUUCGAUGGAGUUUUACGUUUUAUAGAUGAAAACCCUGAAUUAUCACAAGGAAUAAAUAUUGAUGGACUAAACAUACUAGGCGGGUUUGCAGAAAGAGAAUGCAUUUAUAGCUUAUACAGUUCCUCCUACGCGCCAUUGUUCAGGCAGCAACAAGUGGUACGAACUGACAUGGAGUUUAAGUUCAAUUUUCAGAAUCACAGUAACCUCAUCGAUAUAGUGCAGCAUUUCUACCUGGGAGAUGAUAGAAACUUUACAACGAAUAAGUACAAAGUUGUCGAUUUUCUUUCCGAUUUCGAUUUCAUUUAUCCCGUACAACGAGAAAUGAUCAAGUAUGCUAAGCAUAAGAACACAAAUGUAUAUCUCUACAAGUUUUCUUAUGAUGGUCACCUGAAUAGGUUUAAAAGGCUUUACAAUGUGACUGAAGCUGGUGCGGUUCACUCCGAUGAGCUGGGUUAUAUUUUUACCAUAUAUUUAAUUCCGGAUAUACCAAAUAAAUAUGACCAACGUAUAAUUGAGGAAAUGACGACGUUGUGGACCAAUUUCAUUAAAUACGGGAAUCCAACGCCUGUUCGCACGGAGCUGCUGCCGGUGUCAUGGCCGCCGCUGACCGCCAACACGGUGCCGUGUCUGCAGAUCGACUCCAACUUGACCGUCAUCUCGCGACCCUUCCACAGUAACAUGGCUUUCUGGGAUCUGUUUUAUGACGCGCAUUUAGAUAAGCUUAGAAUAGCGCCUGCGAAAAAGUAAUCGGC